AUGGCGCUUCGCGGUGCUCUGCAGCUGUCGCGCUUGCGCAUGAUGAAGAUUGACCUGCCAGAGUUCUCGAAGAGCCGUUUUGCAAGACGGGUGAACAUGAUGGAAGAGGACCGAGUCAAGUGGUACAACUGGAACUUGGCCUGCGUGGUGCUGACAACUGUCCCCCUCGCAUGGAUGUACACUGUGAACUACCGCACCUCCGAGGAGGUAGAGAUGAUCUACAGGACCAUGGACCCCAUGGGCACCCUGAAGUUCAAGUAUGACCUGAAGCUAUUUGGUUAG